AGCUACACUUCAGCCAUUCAAUUAUCUCAAGGCGACACGAAAAACGUCUUAGGAAAGGUCAUCCGCUAAGUAAUUAUCUCGUUAUCAGCGUGAUAUAUCUUAAUGGCUUGGUGGUUAGCACAUUAAUGUGCCUGCUUAGUAGACUGACAGGUAGAGCGAGUUUUUACGCGUGAAAAAUUAUCAAGCGUCUACCUGUAACCAUGACAACUGAAGUAUCUUCGGACAACAAGCUGCCAAGUGUGUUCCUUGGUCAGUCCGGGCUAAAAGUUUCUAACUUAUGCUUGGGUACCAUGACAUUUGGAGAAUCUCAGACAGGAAGAAUUGGACAAAGUGACGAGGAUUUAUCGCAUCAGAUCAUCAACCGUUUUGUUGAAAGGGGAGGUAACUUUUUUGACACAGCCAACGUGUAUGGCCGGGGUACAUCAGAGAACAUUCUCGGGAAAUGGCUGGAAAGGCAAACGAGAGACAAUUUUAUCAUCGCCACCAAAGUUCGAUCCAACAUGGGCGUAGAAAACAACCCAAACAAUGUGGGACUGAGCAGAAAACAUAUAACAUCCAGCAUUGACGCCAGUUUAGGACGCCUCCGAACAGACUACGUGGAUCUCUAUCAAGCGCAUGCCUUUGACGACGGAACAAGACUUGAAGAAACGUUACGUACUUUCGAUGACCUGGUCCGUGCUGGUAAAGUUCGUUACAUUGGUGUCAGCAAUUUUACAGGGUGGCAGCUCCAGAAACUGGUGGAUACCUCAGAGAGACUCGGACUGAACCCGAUAGUUAGCUUACAGCAACAAUACAGUCUUGUGUGCAGAGAGUCAGAGUUUGAGCCAUUUCAAGUUUGUAAGACUGCAGGCAUAGGCGUGUUGCCAUGGAGUCCACUGAAAGGUGGUCUGCUGACAGGAAAGGUCAAGCGUGGCGUAGAGCCAACGGAGGGACGACUAGGAUGGUCGGUGGCCAACGCUAAAGCCAGGAACCAAACAGCGCCAGUUCUGUCAAGCUUAAGUGAUCGGACAUUUGAUAUAAUUGAGUCUGCAGAAAACAUUGGGCAGAAAUAUGGUCGCAGUGUUGCUCAGGUAGCGUUACGUUGGCUGCUGCAGAAAGAUGUGGUCUCCUCUGUUAUCAUAGGGGCCAGAACUCUGGAGCAGCUUGAAGACAAUUUGGGGGCUGGCAGUGGCUGGGCUUUGUCACAAGAGGAGAUGAACUUGCUGGAUGACCUGUCCAAGCCCUCCAUUCAAUAUCCUUACGACAAUCUUAUCCAGAGAAACGCUGAUCGUCAGAACCGAAACGCCAUCAGCUCAUAUGUCAAGUCCAUCUAGACUCUAUACUGAAGCUGUCUAAACAUAGAUAGUCCAUCUAGACUCUAUAUUGAAGCUGUCUAAACAUAGAUAGUCCAUCUAGACUCUAUAAUGAAACUGUCUAAACAAUGAUACAUGUAUAACCACUGAUACUUGCCCUUAGACUAUAAAUCUAGUCCCACUAAGUAAUGUAUUAUAUAAAGUAAGAAUGUAUUUGCCUAACCAGUUGGAACCAUUAGUUAAAGCAGGCGUUACCUACUUCUAUGAGCAUGAAUAAAAGCAAGUUAUGCUGUGACGAAGUCAAACUAUGGACUAUAGAAACUCAAAAUGACCACAACAAUUAGAAUUUAUAUCGUGCAUGUGUUACGGCCAAAAUUCGAAGCAUGGCCAGUUCCCUUAACAUUAAAUUUAGUCUAAGAUAUCUUCUAAAUGUCCAUUGAUCAGAGAUGAUUCACCAUCUUUCAAACCUUAAUGGCUAUAUAAAACAUGUUACGAACUGGGCACACUCCCACAAUUGUAUUAGGCUGUGGCCUCAAUAGAAUUUUACAUUAUUCAGAGCCAUUGUAGACAUGGCAUUAAUCCCCACCCCACAUUGUUUAUUUUUACAAAGCUUAUAUCAUCUUACUGUCUAUCUGUAUGUGUGGGAAAUUUGUACACCCAAUCUCGAUCAAGUUGAAACUUUACACAAUUAUUUAUCGUACCUGCUAAAGCAUGAAUCAAUAAAAACAUUUAACCAAUAAGGUAAUUAUUAAUUGAUAAUUCUUUUGUUUGGUACCGAAAAAUAGAAAGAAAUGCUUUUUAUUCAGAAAUGUGGCUCUAUAUAUAUAUGGAGAUUUUCCCCUUACUACGUCUUGUACAUGCUCUUUCUCCCACUUCAAGUUUUAUGACAACACAUGAAUCUAUAAAAACAAGACAAAUUAGAUUAGUAAAUCAAUUAUUAGCAAUUAAUUAAUUUUGUUUUUAUAGCAGGUAGGCAGUUAAACCAUCCUGAGAUCUAUUGCAGUUGAUAAAGGUUAUUAACCUAAGAUAGACUUUAUUUUUUCAAGUUUUGUUUUUGUAUGUUUUGUUGCACGCUAUGAAGUAACAUACAAUACAAGCCUGAUUCCGAUUCAAA